CAGUCGCUGGAAGCGAGCUAAGUGGGAGUGAAUUACCUCGAGCGUCAUCACGUCGGGACGAUACUAUGCUCGACAAGUGCCAUGCAUAUCGUAGAUAACGCAGGAGGGCUGGGAGCGACGCAGCGUUUAUGAUAGAUAAAUCUCGGUUGAUUUCCUCCCGACUGACUGUCGUUUCCUCCCUGCGACACACGCCGGACGGGACGCGUCGGAUCAGCAGAUGAUCAAUCGACGCUUAUCACCUGACUCUGUUUCUCUCUAUGCAAACAAGAUGUUUCCGCAAGUCACUCUCGUGAGCCUGCUGUUCUUCUCCACUGCGUUUGCCAGUGUGAUACAUUACCAGCCGGAAGCCGUGCAUCUUUCCUACGGUGAUAACAUUCAUGACAUCGUUGUCACUUGGAGCACACGAGAGGAUACGAAAGAGUCGAUAGUGGAGUAUGGCAUAGGUGGGUUUGCUCUACGAGCUGAAGGAAACUCUACCCUCUUUGUCGAUGGCGGAAAGGCGAAGCAAAAGCAGUAUAUCCACAGAGUGUGGCUAAAGAAUUUAACGCCCUACAGCAAAUACAUAUAUCAUUGCGGCAGCCGUUACGGGUGGUCAAAUGUGUUUUACACGAGAACCGCGCCCGAGGACUCUGCAGACUGGUCACCGCAGAUAGUAAUUUUUGGCGACAUGGGCAACGAGAACGCGCAGAGUUUAUCGCGGCUGCAAGAAGAGACCGAGACCGGGCUGUACGACACUGCCAUUCACGUCGGCGACUUCGCUUACGACAUGAACACGGAUGACGCGCGCGUAGGAGACGAGUUUAUGCGGCAAAUUGAAUCAGUUGCUGCUUACAUACCGUACAUGACUGUGCCCGGGAAUCACGAGGAGAAAUACAAUUUCAGCAACUACAGAGCCCGAUUUACUAUGCCGGGUGACUCGGAAGGCCUGUGGUAUAGCUUUAACAUAGGCCCUGUACAUUUUGUAGCUAUAGAAACUGAGGCUUAUUACUUUAUGAAUUAUGGUAUAAAACAAAUGGUUAAGCAGUAUGAAUGGCUGGAAAAAGAUCUGCGAGAAGCUAAUAAACCUGAAGCCAGGGCUCGACGUCCGUGGAUAGUAACGUUUGGACACCGGCCAAUGUAUUGCAGCAAUAAAAAUGCUGACGACUGCACCAAUCAUCAGAGUUUAGUCCGAGUUGGACUACCAUUUUUAAAUUGGUUCGGACUGGAAGAUCUAUUCUUUAAAUAUAAAGUAGAUAUGGAAAUUUGGGCGCACGAACAUAGCUACGAGAGGAUGUGGCCCAUGUAUAAUUUUCAAGUGUACAAUGGCAGUUACGAGGAACCAUACACAAAUUACAAAGCACCCGUACACAUAAUUACUGGAUCAGCUGGUUGCAAAGAGGGUCGAGAGGAGUUCGUCCCGAACCUACCGCCGUGGUCCGCGUUUCAUAGCUCAGACUAUGGAUACACAAGAAUGAAAGUGUUCAACAAAACUCAUUUGUACCUAGAACAGGUAUCCGACGAUAAAGACGGUGCUGUUAUAGACAGAGUUUGGCUCGUGAAAGAGAAACCUUUGCCGCAGUACGUUUCACCUAUAGAUUUUCCUGUACAUUAACGACAAAAUCUAAUUUUAAUUAGCGUCCUAUUACAAACCGGAAGAACAAACUAAAUGAUAGCUUAGAGACAUUUAUCGAACUAUGCUGUUAUAAAUAGGAAAUUUCUUUUACUUCGGCUGUGUAUUAUACGUACAAUUAUGUAAUUGUAAUUCGAAUUUGGUACACAUCUUACGUAGUUGAACAUACUACGGUCGAAAUGUAUACAUGAACAAUAAAAUGACAUUUACGUAUGAGCGAGUAAAAAA